AUGGAAACUCAAUCAACUUCUCUUAAGGUUCAACGAAUGCGUAAAAUGAGAGAUGAUGAGACACCUGAACAGCGUGAAACGCAUCUUGCGCGUGAUCAGGAAAGGAAACGUCAGAAAAGAGCAUUAGAAACCACGGAAGAGCGUGAAGCGCGUCUCGCACGUGAUCAUGAAAGAAAACAAAAAAAAAGAGCGUUAGAGACUAAUGAACAACACGAAGAACGACUGAAAUGUCAGCGCAUUUACCAUGAAAAAAAUAAUCAAAAUUCAAGAGUAACUGAAACGCAUUUAAAUCAAAAUAAUGAUCCUCAAGAAGGUUGUAGCCAAAAUCAGAAUAGUAUGAAUACUGCAGCAACAAAUAAUGAUGAAAUCUCUGCUAGCGUCCUUACUGAAUCAGAUCAGGAUCAACUAAAAAAGUUUCGAAAUAAAAUGGAUAAGCUUAAACACAACCUUUGCACAGUAUGUAAGGAGUACUUUCCGUCAAUAGUGCUGGUUAAAGGUAAAUGUCGUCAGUGUUACAAUGAGAAAACUAUGCCAAAAAAAUUCUCAGCAGAAAAUAAUAUGGAUCUGGGGGAGGUACCUGAAGAACUUAAAGACAUUGCGAUUGAUGAUGAAAUUAUUCAAUCUUUGCCUAUCAACAGUCCUAUUGAUAAGCAGCUUAAAACAAUUUCUGAUAAUUUAGAUGAUGACAAUGAAGAUGAAAUAAUAACCCAUGAUGCAAUUAUGAAUACCCUAAAUCGCAUGCAAAGUGAGAAUGGCGCUAUAGCAUAG